GAGGCUCUGUCUCUUUGAGCAAAUGAUCAACAAUUACGAUGAUCUAUACGGCCAACUUAAAGGCUCAAAUGGAAAAGCAAUGCGAGGCGAAAUAUGGAAGUCAAUAUGGGCAGACUUGCGAAGCACAGGUAAGCUUCAAGGGGACCGGACGGUCGAAGAAGUUAUGAAGAUGUUCGCAAACCCAAAAACAAGAGUACGGGACAAAUUUAAGAACAGUCAGAAAACUGGUGGUGGGCCAGCAAAACCAUUCAAACCGUCUGAGGAAUUGAUACUUCAAUUCCUCAUAGACAGACCACAAUUGGAUGGAAUAAUUGGAGGAAUUGAAACCUAAGGUAUAUCCACAUAUCAUUGUUAU